AUGAGGAAACCUGAGAGGGUGAAUACUCAAGAGAACAGAGUCCUGAAGGAUAAGAUCGAAGUGAAGGAUCUCAAGGGGUUUCAUCCCCAUGACAAGAGGCGCAGAGUCCUUGUGCCGGGCGGAGGCCCUGACGGAUUCACAAUACCAUCCUUUCAAGAAGUCCCGUUGCAGACUUCCAACUUUGCCCAUGUCAUCUUUCAAAAUGUGGCUAAAAGUUACCUUCCUAAUGCACACUUGGAGUGCCAUUACCCCGUAACUCCAUCCAUCCGUCCACACGCCAAAGACUGGGUUGGUAUAUUCAAGGUUGGCUGGAAUACUGCUCGUGAAUAUUACACAUUUUUAUGGUCUCCUAUGCCUGAAGAUUAUGUAGAAGGAUCAACAGUCAAUUGUGUACAAGCAUUUCAGGGAUAUUACCUUCCAAAUGAUGAUGGAGAAUUUUAUCAGUUCUGUUAUGUCACCCAUAAGGGUGAAAUUCAUGGAGCAAGUACUCCUUUCCAGUUUCGAGCUGCUUCUCCAGUUGAAGAGCUGCUCACUAUGGAAGAUGAAGGAAAUUCCGAUAUGUUGGUGGUGACCACAAAAGCUGGCCUUCUUGAGCUGAAAAUUGAGAAGACCCUGAAAGAAAAAGAAGAAUUGUUAAAGAUGAUAGCCAUUCUUGAAAAAGAGACAGCACAGCUGAGAGAACAAGUUGGAAGAAUGGAGAGAGAGCUGAACCACGAGAAAGGACAGUGUGAGCAACUGCAGGCCGAGCAGGAGGGCCUUCUUGAAGUGUCACAGAGUUUGAGAGUGGAAAAUUAAGAGUUUAUGAAGAGAUACAGUGAUGCUACAUCUAAAGCUCAACAACUUGAAGAGGACAUUAUAUCAGUGACACAUAAAGCAAUUGAAAAAGAAACUGAGCUAGACAGUUUGAAGGAUAAACUCAAGAAGGCACAGCAUGAAAGAGAACAACUUGAAUAAUUGAAGGCAGAAAAGGAUGCGAAGGAACUUUAUAAGGUACAUUUGAAGAAUACAAAAAUAGAAAAUACGAAGCUUGUGUCAGAGAUACAGACUUUAAAGAAUUUAGAUGGGAACAAAGAAAGCAUGAUUACUCAUUUCAAAGAAGAGAUUAGCAAACUGCAGUCCUGCUUGGCUGACAAGGAAAAUCUGCACAGAACUCUCCCGCUUACAACCACAAAUAAAGAAGAUACAUUAUUUUUAAAGGAGCAACUUCGCAAAGCGGAGGAACAAGUCCAGGCAACACAGCACGAGCUUCUCUUUCUGGCUAAAGAGCUCAGUGAUGCUGUGAAUGUCAGAGAUAAAACAAUAGCAGAUCUGCAUACUGCAUGCUUGGACAAUGAGAGAGUGAAGAAGCAGCUGGCCGACACACUGGCAGAACUCCAGCUACGUGCUGUAAAGAAAGAUCAGGAAAAGACUGAUACACUGGAACAUGAACUGAGAAGAGAAGUUGAAGAUCUGAAACUCCGGCUUCAGAUGGCUGCAGAUCAUUACAAAGAAAAGUUUAAGGAAUGCCAGAGGCUCCAAAAACAAAUAAACAAACUUUCAGACCAGUCAGCCAGUGCUAACGGAGUCUUCACAAAGAAAACUGGGACUCAGCAGAAAGUGAGACCUGCUGCUCUCCCUGCUCCUCCUCCUGCUUCUGCUUCUGCUGUGGAUGUAAAACCAGCAGUGUCUUGUGCAGAGACAGAUUUUGAUGUGUCAAUAAAGGAUCAUGUCUGUGAAAUGACUAAAAAAAUUGCUGAGAAAAUAGAAAAGUAUAAUAAGUGUAAACAACUCCUGCAGGAUGAGAAAACCAAAUGCAGUAAAUACACUGAUGAACGCAAAAUGGAGCUGAAGUGGAAAGAACAAGUGAAAAUUGCUGAAAACAUAAAACUUGAACUAGCUGAAGUAGAGGAUAAUUACAAACUACAGGAGAAGGAACUUACAAAGAGUUUAGAAGAUCAAAAAGGAAGGAAAAUGGAAGGCCAGAGCCCCCAACAAGUCUCAAAGUGUCUCAACACAUGCUCUGAGCAAAAUGGGCUCCUUCCGCCACUGUCAAGUGCACAGCCAGUUCUUCAGUAUGGCAACCCUUACACAGCACAGGAAACAAGAGAUGGAGCAGAUGGUGCUUUUUAUCCAGAUGAGAUCCAGAGGCCACCUGUGCGAGUCCCACCUUGGGAAGACAAUGUUGUCUGUAGCCAGCCUGCUCAAAACCUUAGCCGGCUGGACGGUUUAGAAGCUGAGGAUAGCGGAGAAGAUGAGAAUGUGCCCGUUACUCCUGAUCCAGCAAACCAGCUUUUACGUCCUCAUGGAGCAGGCUUCUGCUUUGAUUCCAGCUUUGAUGUUCACAAGAAGUGUCCCCUCUAUGAAUUAAUGUUCCCUCCUAACUAUGAUCAGACCGAAUUUGAAGAACAUGUUGAAAGUCACUGGAAGGUGUGCCCGAUGUGCAGUGAGCAGUUCCCGCCAGACUACGACCAGCAGGGCUUUGAGAGGCAUGUUCAGACUCAUUUCGAUCAGAAUGCUCUCAACUUUGACUAG